AUGAAUGCCUUUAAACAAUCUUUAAAUAUCCUUUCAACUGUUUAACUUUAAUUUUAUUUUAGGCUUCGUUACUAUAACCAACUCCCAUUUUUUUUAAAGUUCCCUUUACAAUAGCUUAGAUAAUAUGAUAUUCAUUAAAAGUCAAUAAUUAGUAAUAUCAAACAGCUCUUUUUAUUAAAAUAGUUAGUUUUAAUAUCAAAAUAUCCAACCCUUUUUAUUAUGAUGGUUUGUAGAAUAUGAAUAUUUAUGAUCAAAUUAAAAAAAAUAAUAAACUAUUGCUUAUUGAUAGAUAAAUAGUAUUUUUGAAGUAAAACUUAAUGAAGGAUUUGGUUCAUUUUUUGUGGAGAAUUUUGAAAUAAAAUUUUGUAAUUUUCAGUAAUCAAUAGGUUUUUAAGAUGGAGCAAUAUAUAUACAAGCUUAAAGAAAUAGUAUAAUUUCAAUAUCCCAGUUUUAGUUCAAGAAUAUUGUUACUUUAUUUUAUAAAUAUUUAGGAUAUAUGAAUCUAUUUAUUUAGAUGUAACUAAAGCAGAAACUCUCGAGUUAUCAUUCUCUUAUUGAUUAUUAAAAAUAUUACUGGUAAGGAAGAUGGAGGAUAAAUUUAAAUAAAAUCAGAUUCUCCUAUUAUUCUGAAAUAAAUUUUUCAAUUGGAAAUUAAAAAUAUCUAUUCUAAACUUGGAUCUUUCAUAUAUAAUUUAAUUUCUAAUGUGGCUUCAAAAUAGCAAAUAAUGAAAUUAGAUUUAAUUUUUAAUCAAAAUACUUUAGAAAGAUUGAAGAAUUAUUUAAAUUAAUAUAAUUAUGA